AUGCACCCAUCCACAGCUCUCAUCAUCGGCACCGCUGGCAUUAUUGGGGUCCUUGCUUGCCUCUGGGGCAUCGUUCGCGGUUUCCAGGCGCUGCGCACGCGACUGCGCCGUGCGUAUAGGGAGGCGGAUAGUGUGACCUUUCAGCAGGAGGGCGAGUUUGGGGCUACCCCUAGAGUGCGAGUUGGCGUGGGCAGAAGCGGUAACAGCACCGCCUACAGCAACGGUAACAGUUCAAGUCAGAAUCUUCGCGACAACUACGCUGAUCGCGACGCUAUCGACUACCUCGGAGAGGGCAACAGCAACUACCAUGACCUCGAUGACGAUGUUCCACCGGCAUCGCCGAAUGCGGAGCGUGUGGAGGGUAUCCCUAUCGAAGCCCGUGUGCGUCCACGGCGCAAUCUGCCACGCUCUCGAGUUGUCGUGCAUUAUGGCGACCAGGAUGUGUGCCUUGAUUUCCGCGGAGUCGAACGCGUACCCCAGGCCGGCCCUCCGCCCCUCACACUCGAAGAGAAGCAGCGCCUCGAGGAUGAACGGAAUCGCAUUGCAUCGCCGGAGCUUUAUGGACGCGCUGAGUAUGAAGACCGGCAAGCCUCCAACGUGAACACACCCACCGUGCUGCUCAACUCCUCCUUACUACAGGAGCUGCAGCGCCAGUACGGACUGGUGUCACCAUCCGGGCGUGCCUUCAGCAACUACGCCAGCGAGAGCAGCGUGGGAAGCAUGAGCUUCCGGCUCGGCUCGCCAGCUGGGUCGGCGCGGCGUGCACGGAACUGUCGGCAAAGUGCUACACCGAACAGCGUCAGCUUGCAGAAGGGCAGCACUGGCGGCCUUCAGUUGCUUCGCCGACGCAAGAACUCCCCAACGCGCAAUGGCGCAGGCGGCUGCACGAGCCCCAAUCAGUUCCAGUACCAAGCGAACUCCUCCUUCUCGGCCCCACGAAACCGUCAGGAGGAUCUGGAGAGCACAUCCGACGACUUUGAGGAUGUUUCAGUGCACAACGACCUCUUUAAUGCUUCUCGCGAGCAGCUGCGCGAGUUUUUGCUCAAGCAGGAGCAGCAGCCGCAGAAUCGACUCUCUCCAAUGACAGGGCUGGGCAACCUAAACGGAUUUGACCAGAUUAGUCUGCACGGCACUUUUCCUGUUCUCUUAGAUCGCCAAGUGAACCCCGGGUCAUCUGUGGCGAGCGUCAGCUCGGUCGGGCUUGGUGGAGGGCGGAACUCAGCAGGCCCCGUAGCGUUUCCGCCUGGCCAAAGUGAGACACUACCGCCGCUCUGCAAUCCGUCCGUGGCCGCUGGCACACCGCUCUUGGAUGCCUCCUUCCAUGGCCAGCAGCUUUUGCACACCACAUCCGUCGACUCCGCCAUGGUGGGACUGGCAAAGGUGCCGUCCUGCCCUCACAUGGCCUUGUCGUCACCGCUUUCCAGCGACCACCCCUCAGUGGGAAGGGCAGGUGGUGGCGCGCAGACCGGUGUCACGCUGCCUCACCCCGUCUUGUUGACGAGCACGGCAUCUGCAAGCGCAUACCAUCAGACGUUGCCGUCGGGUACCGCGCAAGGGAGCGGUAGCAGCCCCGGCGAACGUGCCUGUCACGUCGACACGUUCUCUCUGCCGCCGAAUCGGUGGAGCAGCGGCCUGCGCUCGCCGUUCUCACUGCCUGGGAAUGACCCGGUGACCGCGCCUUAUUCGCCAAGCGCUGGUACCGCGGAAACGUAG